AUGCGACUGCUCGAAUACGAAGAUCAAGUCCUCAAGAUGACGAGCCUGUUGAAGGCGAAGGCAACUGAACCCGCUCUAAACACUGGGGCAGCCACCACGGCAUCAACGAACCCGAUAUCAAACGGUGGAAGGUCAAGUGUGGUUCGACUUCCAAGGUUGCAGCUGCAGACCUUUAAGGGAGAUAUUCCGAAGUGGCCACCAUUUUGGGAGCAGUUUCGACAGUCUAUUCACGAAAAUGAAAAUCUCUCACGAAGUGAGAAAUUCCAGUAUUGGCGUUCUUUGCUGUCCGGACCACCUGCAGCGGCGAUAGCGGGUCUUCAAGCGACGGAGAUGUGCUACCAGGACGCGAUUGACAUUUUAACUCGUCGUUUCGGAGAUCAGAAGAGAAUUGAACGAGAGCAUCUUGGAAAGCUGAGGAUACCUCCUGUGGUGACGUCGUCAGACGACAUCCGGGGUCUCCGCGGAUUGUUCGACCACGUGCAGACACACAGACGAGGACUACAGGCCCUCGGAAUUUCCCCGUCAACGUACGCCGCGUUACUCGUGGACAUCAUCCCGAAGGCGUUACCUGGCAAUAUCACCGUCGUGUACUAUCGUCGAUCGGCUCGUGGAUCCAUAGUUUCUGCACAACCGAGCACGUGA